CGCUGUCUUCUUCACUUUACCAAUACGAAAUAUCAAUGGCGGGAGUUCGAAAAACAAAAGCAUGUACUGCGUACUCAUAUACAACACUACUGUAGUCGCCACCGGCAGAGAGGAAUUAACAAAAUUUUACAAGAAAAUGGCGAGAAUAUAAGGGAAAAACUUGAGAAAUCGAAGAACAAUGGCCGACCAAACCCUUGUUACCACUUCUUCCCCACCUCUCGAACUCGAUUCUCUUCGCAGUCGAAUCGGGGAGCUUAGAAAUGUUCUAAAAAAGUCCGAGGAUGCUCCUGAAAUUUCCUCUACAGAUUCGGAGAAAUUACUAAAUGAUUGUGCUGUUCAGCUUGAGAGCAAAAUAAAUCAAAUGUUAUCCGAUGCAUCAGAUUUAAACUUCUUAGCAGAUCAAGAUUUAGAUGAAUUUGUCGGACAUUUGAAAAAGGAGCUAAGCUCUGUGGAAGGUGAAAAUGAAAAAAUAUCUGAUGAAAUAGAGGAACUUUCAAGAAGAUAUUUGGAAGAAUCUGGAAUAUUGGACAGUGAGAUAGAAGGUUUAUGUUGUUCACUAGACCUUUUGGAAUCACAGAGUAUGAAGCUUAGGAAUGGCCAAGCAUGUUGCUCCAGAGUUGAAGAUCAAGAGAACUUAAUAAGUGCACCUGAAGAAUCUAAUUUUAAGAUUUUAAACCUUAGCAAUCAGCUUGAGAAGAGCAAAACAACUUUGAAGACAUUGCAAGAUCUUGAAGGUACUUUCAAGAGGUUUGAUGCUAUUGAAAAAGUUGAGGAUGUGCUGAGUGGUCUAAGAGUAAUUGAAUUUGAUGGGAAUCACAUUAGGUUAUCUCUAAGAACAUACAUCCCAGACUCUGAGAGCUUCGCAUGCCAGGAAAAAGUUGAUGAUUCUUCUGGGUUAUUAGAGCAAGACCAUGAAUUGUUAAUAGAAUUCAUGGAUGGUACAAUGGAGCUCAAGCGUGCUGAGAUAUUCCCCAAUGAUGUGUACAUAAGUGAAAUUAUUGAUGCUGCAAAAUCCCUCAGGCAGCUUUAUUCACCAAUGCCAGUGCAUGAGAUCAGAGCUUAUCUGGAAUGGUUUGUUAGAAGAGUACAAGAUCGAAUUGUUGUAUGCAAAUUAAGGCAGAUUCUGGUGAAAAGCGCCAACAAGUCAAGGCACUCAUUUGAAUACUUGGACAGAGACGAGAUAAUUGUAGCUCACUUGGUUGGCGGAAUAGAUGCUUUCAUAAAGGUUCCUCAAGGAUGGCCAAUAUACAUAGCUGCAUUAAACCUUAUAUCACUAAAGAGCUCAAGCCAGUACUCAAAAGAAAUCUCCUUGAGCCUUCUCUGCAAAGUUGUGGACAUGGCGAACUCGUUGGAUACACAGUCACGACAGUCUAUCUCCGGCUUUAUGGAUAGAGUCGAAGAAAUACUUAUGCAACAGAUUAGUGCAGAUCAGCGACAUGGAAAAAACUAGCACUGCCCCCCUCGUCUUCAAUCGUUGGUCAUAACCACAAUAUAAUGUGUUAUACAUGAAUUUCACCAUUUCAACAUUAACAUAGUCAUGUGAAUUUGACUUAACCACAAUAUUAAGGUCAAGGGUGGCAGAACAUGUAUUAUAAGUAUGUGUGUAAUUCAACUAGAGAAAUAUUAUAACUAUGGCAUGCAGUUAUAUUAGUA